AGGCCCCGCCGCGUUCUCACCUUCGUGCGCGGAGCAGCUCAGCCCAGCCGGGAGCCGCCGGGGCGGUGCUUCUGCCGCUCCGCCUUCCCAGCGCCGCUGCAGGAAGCCGGAAGCGGCCGGGGCGCUGGGCAGGCAGGGCGAGAGGUGGCUCGGUGAAAAAGAAAACUGUCUAAUCAAAGAGCAAAGAUGCAGAGCACUUUGAAUUAUCUCUGGCUGUUGUCUGACAUCCUAGGGCAGGGAGCUACUGCAAAUGUUUUCCGGGGCCGACACAAGAAAACUGGGGAUUUAUAUGCUGUCAAAGUUUUUAACAGUCUGAGUUUCCUUCGUCCUGUGGAUGUUCAGAUGCGAGAGUUUGAAGUGUUGAAGAAACUAAAUCAUAAGAACAUUGUCAAGCUGUUUGCCAUUGAAGAAGAGACAACAACUAGACACAAAGUACUAGUUAUGGAAUUUUGUCCGUGCGGGAGUUUAUACACAGUUUUAGAGGAGCCCUCUAAUGCCUUUGGUUUGCCAGAGUCUGAGUUCUUAAUCGUUUUGAGAGACGUGGUGGCUGGCAUGAAUCAUCUCCGGGAGAAUGGAAUAGUGCAUCGUGACAUCAAACCAGGCAACAUAAUGCGUGUUAUUGGUGAAGAUGGUCAGUCUGUUUACAAACUGACAGACUUCGGUGCUGCAAGAGAACUUGAAGAUGAUGAACAAUUUGUUUCUCUCUAUGGCACAGAAGAAUAUUUACAUCCUGACAUGUACGAGCGAGCCGUUUUGAGGAAAGAGCAUCAGAAAAAGUACAGAGCAACAGUUGAUCUGUGGAGCAUAGGGGUGACCUUUUACCAUGCUGCGACAGGGAGUUUGCCUUUCCGACCCUUUGAAGGACCUCGUAGAAACAAGGAAGUGAUGUACAAGAUAAUCACUGAAAAGCCUUCUGGUGCUAUUUCUGGAGUACAGAAAGCAGAAAAUGGACCAAUUGAGUGGAGGCGGGAGAUGCCUGUUUCUUGUAGUCUUUCGAAGGGUCUGCAAGUACUGCUCACACCUGUCCUCGUGAACAUUCUUGAAGCAGACCAGGAAAAAUGCUGGGGGUUUGACCAGUUCUUUGCAGAGACGAGUGACAUACUGCACCGAAUGAUAAUCCACGUCUUUUCACUACAGCAGAUGACCUUGCACAAAGUUUAUAUUCACAGCUAUAAUACAGCUACUAUAUUUCAUGAUUUGGUCUACAAACAAACAAAAAUACCAUCUCAGAAUCAAGAACUGAUAUAUGAAGGUCGGCGUUUAAUACUGGAGCCUAGCAGAUUGGCACAGCACUUCCCCAGAACAACUGAAGAGAAUCCUAUCUUUGUAGUAAGCAGGGAACCUGUGAACAUUGUCGGAUUAAUCUAUGAAGAAGUUUUACUCCCUAAAGUACAUCAACGUUAUGAUUUGGAUGGGGAUGCCAGUAUGGCUAAAGCAGUAACAGGUAUCGUCUGUUAUGCCUGUAGAGUUGCCACUUCCUUGCUGCUUUACCAGGAGCUGAUGCGAAAAGGAGUACGAUGGCUAAUUGAAAUAAUCAAGGAUGAUUACAAUGAAAUGGUUCACAAAAAGACAGAGGUUGUCAUCAGGCUGGAUUUCUGCAGCAGAAACAUUGAGAAAGCUGAGAAAAUAUACGAGAAUCUGAUGCAGAUCAACUUGGAAGCAUCGGAAGUGGAUGAAAUUUCAGAGAUCCAGACAAAACUGUUGCGUCUCUCCAGCUCUCAGGGCACACUAGAAACUAGUCUUCAAGAUAUCAAAACCAAACUUUCUCCAGGUGGUUUACUGACUGACACCUGGGCAAAUCAGGAAGGCAUGCAUCCAAAAGACAGAAAUCCAGAAAGGCUGCAGGCGCUGCUGCGUUCCAUCACAGAUAUUUAUUAUCAGUUCAAAAAAGACAAAACAGAACGAAGGCUUUCUUAUAAUGAAGAACAAAUUCACAAAUUUGACAAGUGUGCAUGCUUGAUGACAGUCCAGUUACACGAUAGCCAGAAUGUGAUUAACCAAUAGCUAUCAUGCAAGACUGAACAAAAUACCAGAAGCAGGUAUUGGACUGUAGUGUCCCAGUAUCCCUUAGUUUCACUUAUUGGUGCAAUGCAGAGCAUGGUAAGGGAAUAAGUAGACUGGGAUUACUGUCUGCAACACUAAACAGAACUGGGUUUUGGUUUGUUUUCCUGUCCUUAUCUGCUUGCUUUUUAAUUUUGUCAUAAAUGUAAGCUGACAGAAAAAUCCUGUGGUUUUUCUUCUUGCAUGUAUAUUUCUCAGCCCAAAAGAUUCUUCAUAUAUGCUGGAAGUUCCAAGUAUCUGCAGAAGGCAAAUAAGAAAUGAUAAGGCUUUCUGCUGUUUCUAUUUAGAAUCCCUUUUCCUUACAUAUAUCUGCUCAGAUAAAUACUGACUCAGAGAAGACAUUUUACCAGUUGUUCAUAUAAAAAUAAUUGCAACUAAAUGCUUCAAAUAAUUUUUUUCCUCCCGAUAAGAAAUAUUUUUGAAACAUGAAACUGUUAGUUCAUGCAUUGUGUUGGAUUCUUAUACCUUACAACAGCAUACAUAAAGGUGGCUGAAGGGAUUUUAAGCCCGUAUGCCUGUUCUCCAAAUUUCAGUAAGUAAAUCAGAGGAAUGAAGUUUUGAAAGCAAUAUAACACUGGUUGUUUCUGUUGCAGGCAGAAGCUGUAUUUGCAUGCUACAAAAGCCAUAACUCUAUUCAAAGAUGAAUGUGUCAGCAAGUACGAUACAUUUUUGGACAAGGCUGAGGACUGGGCAAGGCAAGCUGUUGAUUACUGUUUGGUCAUGUUCACUGCAU